AUGUCGAAGCAAUACCUUUCCUACGGCUCUGCAAAUAAUACUCACCCCACUGAUAUCUUUUCGCUGGCCGUGACCGACAAGCAGAUCUUGUCGGCAUCAGGGUCCAAUGCUCUUCAGGUUCACUCGACAGAUAAUCCGGACUUUCCUCUAGCACAGAAACUUGAUGCCCACAAAGUCGGGUGCCAUCAUGUUGUGACGGAUGCAAAAGGAUCAAAAGCAGUCAGUGUUGGCUUUGGUGGUGAGGUGGUAAUAUGGACCUUUCAUGAUGGGGCAUGGUCAAAAACGAAAGAUAUUACCCUUGCGGAUCUUUGGGCUGUGGCCUUGUCUUCCGAUGGCCAAUAUCUAGCUGGUACCACUCAGGGUGGCCAUAUAAAAGUUUGGGAUCUGAAUGCAAACGAAGAGGAGAUACGAGAUCAUGAAACGAAUGGCAGCUUUGGAACUUGCAUAGACUUGUCACCGGACGGCCGAUUCAUCGCUAGUGGCCACGAAAACGGCAGCGUCUAUAUUUUCAGCACAGAAACGGGACGUAUGCCAUUCAGUCUGUCAGGUCUAGUAAAGCCGAUACGGGCUGUUGCAUUUUCUCCUGGUGGGAAGUUUCUCGCCGCGGCAGGUGACUCUAAGGUUAUUGUACUAUAUGAUACGUCUUCUGGCGAGCAGGUGGCAAGCCUCACUGGUCAUGCUGCGUGGAUCUUUUCUCUUUCCUGGAGCAGUACGGGAGAGUAUCUCUUAAGCGGUUCCUUUGAUGGCAAAGUCAAAGUCUGGUCGAUCGAUACGAGGAAUUGUGUUGCGACCCAUUCCGAGACCGAAAGAGCCAUAUGGAGUGUAAUAUGGUUGCCGAAAAUUGGGAAAUCUGAGGGAUUCGCCAUAGCUGGUGCCAAUAGAAGCAUAUCCUUCUAUAGGGAAGCCACGGGCGGCUGA